AUGACCCAAAAAUCUCCAUCCCAGCCCCAGCAGCGAAAGAGCUUUUGCACAAUGGCUGAUGUUUAUGGAGUGAUCUUAGACUCUCCGAACCUCCAUAAAAACCUCGACCUUGUUUUCUUGGGUCAUCAUCACGCCAAGGACGACGAUUCGUUUCAGUUUGAUUUUAAACUCCCCGAUAUUCGACGACCAAUCACUAAAUUCGUAAGGACAAGAGAAGUAGGAGAAUUUCUUAGUGGUGCUUUAGCAGGUGCUAUGACUAAAGCUGUUCUUGCUCCUCUUGAAACCAUCAGGACGAGAAUGGUGGUUGGUGUUGGAUCGAGAAAGAUAUCUGGUAGUUUCUUGGAAGUGAUUGAAAAACAAGGUUGGCAAGGACUUUGGGCUGGAAAUGCAAUCAACAUGAUACGAAUUGUUCCAACACAAGCAAUCGAACUCGGAACAUUUGAAUGUGUGAAACGAGUAAUGACAUCAGCAAAAGAGAAAUGGAGCAAAGAAGAUCCAAGUGUGCAGAUUGGUCAUGUUAAAUUAAGUUUUCCCCUCUCAUGGUUGUCACCGGUUGCCCUUGGUGGUGCAGCUGCCGGAUUUGUCAGCACCCUUGUCUGCCACCCUCUUGAAGUCCUAAAGGAUCGGUUGACUGUAAGCCCGGAUAUAUACCCUAAUUUGAGCAUUGCAGUUUCAAAAAUCUAUAAAAAUGGUGGGAUUGGUUCUUUUUACUCGGGUCUUUCUCCAACGUUAAUUGGAAUGCUGCCAUACAGCACUUGUUACUAUUUCAUGUACGACACUAUCAAGAAGUCAUACUGCACAGCUCAGAACAAAAAAUCCUUAAGCCGACCGGAGAUGUUACUUAUAGGAGCUCUUUCAGGUUUGACUGCAAGUACUAUAAGUUUUCCUUUAGAGGUUGCAAGAAAAAGGCUGAUGGUGGGAGCAUUGCAAGGGAAGUGUCCACCACACAUGGCGGCUGCACUUUCGGAAGUGGUGAGGGAAGAGGGGUUGAUUGGGUUAUAUAGAGGAUGGGGUGCAAGUUGUUUGAAGGUGAUGCCAUCAUCUGGUAUCACAUGGAUGUUUUAUGAAGCUUGGAAAGACGUAUUGCUUGGUGACAAACAUCGAGAAUAA